AUACAAGAACGACCUUGUUCGUUGUAUGCAAAUAAUAGUAAGACGGAUACAGCGCGUUUCUAAAGAGCAGUACGAUUCUGAUGAUACGCAUCUACAAUUUACCAAAUUUGAAUCAUCAGACACGAAAAUAUCGUCGAAUGAAAACAAAGACGGGGAUGAAAACCAUGACAAAUAUAGUAAUACAAAAGUAACUUAUAGUAACCGAAACACACGAAGAAGAGUUAUAUUCCGCCGAUGGCAAAGAUGCGCUACUAGAAAUGGCAUCGGAUGCAGAAUUUAAAACUCAAAAGACGCCGUCAGAUAAUAAAGAUAAUAAAGAUAUCAGAUUUAGUCGCAGUUCUGUGCACAGCUCUUUUGACGACUCGCUGUCAUGGGCCCCCACGAGUACAACUGCGCGUACUUCCACAGACAGACAACAGGCAAUCACAAGCGAUGUGAAUGAUGACAACUGUUUGCAAUCAGUGGUAGAAAACCUCGGACACGAGUUUGAGGUGUUUUCGGAUGAGAACACGUGCAUAGUUUUGAAGACGCCGCAUACUGUUGAGUCGUCCGGGAAAAUAUUUUGUCCACACAUCGGUUUUCGAAAUUCGCACCCAGGUUGACAUGAGGUCGAUUCGCUUACGGAAUAAAGACACUGGUACAAACUUCCGACUGAUCAACGUUCAUAAGGAGACAUGGGCCACUGAAAAACCAUUGACGAAUGCCUUUGAAUGGGUCAAUGCCAGUGUAAUCAACAACCCAGUAGACUGGAAUACGUAUAACGUUAUGGUUGAGUUCAACACGGAUGUUUAUGGUAAUUAUUUUGUGGACAUUGACUUUGACCUCGGUUACUACUGUGCGCAUCAACGUAUAACAGUCGAACCGCCAAGAGCUGCUACCAUUCAUGAUAUUAAAGAGUCAUUUGAAAAGUUGAAUUGUGAACGGUGGCAAAGAGGAAAUACAGAUCUUGUGGAAUUAUCUCCCAGCUCAGAUGAAGAGAAAUUGAACCGAAGAUUGCUUGAGUCCUACCCUUUACGCAAUGUAAUGACGUUGCAGACAGACGUGUGGUAUCGUCCGCAAGAUUCGCACAAUAUCCAGUCUUACAAAGAUAGGAUGCACACUUUUCUAUAUGCGGAGGAAGUAGCCCAGAUGAAAAUUGUGUCCAGAAUGAACGUUAUUUGCAACAUGACACCGACAGACCUGCUUGAAAGUAUUGGCAAUUUUCCAACAAUGCACGCUACAGAAGGACAGCUGUUUGCAAGAAUUCAUCUGGAAAAUGAUCUGUCGAUUGAUUCAGCAGUCGGUCGGUUGGUUUUGCAAAUAGAAUCCGUCUGGUUGAAGGGCCUGAAUGAAAGUAGUGGGAUUGAUACAAAACGGGUGUACGAAUCAUCAAUCAGUCACAUUGAACAUGAUGUUAUUACUGUUCGACUGUCACAGACAUGCGUUCGUGAAUUAAAGCUGUUAAAUGGCAGAAAGUGUCGUGUUGAGAUACAAAUGCAGCUGAAUCGACAGGCAUUUUGCGAAAUGCACCAUGCUGUGGACAACAUGGAGUCCGCGUCCUUUGUUUACCCACUGGAACUGGAGCCCGUGUUACCAGACGAGUGUGAUGGGAAAUUGUCAAUUGACGGCUAUGGGAUUAAGCCUUGCAACGAAUAUCAAUUCGCCACCAUCAGAACAAUUGCCAGACCAAAAAUUGAAGGUGAACCACCGAUAUUAAUCGUCGGACCAUUUGGAACGGGAAAAACCUAUACGAUCGCUCAAGCAGCCAUAUUCACGUUGCAACAACCAAAUACCCGGAUAUUGAUAUGCACACAUUCCAACAGUGAGGCCGAUUUGUACGUUACUAAAUACUUCCAUCCUUUGUAUAUGGAGGGUAAUAAAGAUACCAAACCUCUCAGAGUAUACUAUGAGAAACGAUGGCCAGAAAGCGUCUCCCAAAUUGUGCAAAAAUACUGCUUAAUGAAAUAUAAAGCAUUCCGUCAACCCACAAAAGAGGAAAUUGACGAACACCGUAUAAUUAUCACAACACUUAGAUCGUCAAAACUAGUAUCCAGACUUGCUUCCAAGGGUAUAUUCACUCACAUCAUGCUAGACGAAGCGGCUCAAGUUCUCGAAACGGAGCUUCUGAUACCAUUGUCGCUUGCCGGUCCGGGUACCAAAGUUGUAUUAGCCGGAGACCCGAUGCAGAUUGGACCUGAAGUUUAUUCGAAGCUUGGGAGAAAGGAGAACUUCAAUGUGUCGAUGCUGGAAAGACUUGAUUUGACAUAUGCCUUUAACACGCAAUAUAAAGUCAAACUGUGUCAAAACUACAGAACAACUAGUGCUAUUAUCGACUUCAUGUCUGAGUUGUUUUAUGACUGUCAACUUGAGGCUACUGAAAAUCCACCACCUCAUCCGGACGUACAUGCGUUGGCGUUCUACGUAGCGAGAGGAGAGGAUGCCUCUCUGGAGAUUAUGAACGACGGUUACUAUAAUGUUGCAGAGGUGAAGGAAAUUGUAGAAAGAGUGGAGGAACUAAAACGGACUUGGCCGGAACGUCACUGGGGUCGCUAUGAUCAAAGCAAGAUAUGUGUUAUAGCUCCUUACCGUGCCCAGAUUUUGUAUUUACGAAGCGAAUUGAAGGAGAGAGGUUUUUCUAAAGUGAACGUAGAGCGCGUAAACAACGUUCAAGGCAAGGAGUUUAAAGUCACUAUCAUCAGCACGGUACGGACUCGAAAGGAGGGUAUGGAAGAUGUUGAACAUGUAGACCUUGCAUUCCUUUCAAACCCGAAGUUCUUGGUCACUGCAAUGACACGAGCUCAGUCCCAAGUGAUCGUUGUUGGGGAACCCGUAACAUUGAGUGUGAUAGGAGAAUGCAGGGACAUUUGGAAGAGAUUUAUUGAAGUGUGUCACGAACAUGGCAGUUUCCAUGGUCUGGAAUGGGAAGAGUAUCGUCGACAAUGUUUCAGUGCAGAAUCGAAGUUAAACCCAGAAGCUCCGGAGUUUGUUCCACGAGUUUGUAUUGAUUAAGAUUCACAAUAACAUAUAAAGAAGUGAAACUCCAGCUGCUGGAGCAGUAUUGAAUUUUCAUUAAAAACAAUUAGUUGGUCCUUUAUUUAAGGCAAGUGACCGAUUGCCCAAACAGUACAAAACAGCACAAUACAGCACAAUACAAACCAACAAAAAAUAAUAAAAACACAAUUCCGCUACCAGCCUCUGAAGGCUGAAAAUAUAACAACAUCGACGAUAUGUACGGGGAUACACGCUACUGCGUCCACGCAGCACACAUCAAACUGUUGUGCAAUGCAAUAUAAAGAAGUGAAACUCCAGCUGCUGGACCAGUAUUGAAUUUUCAUUAAAAACAAUAGGUUGGUCCUUUAUUUAAGGCAAGUGACCGAUUGCCCAAACAGUACAAAACAGCACAAUACAGCACAAUACAAACCAACAAAAAAUAAUUAAAACACAAUACCGCUACCGGCCUCUGAAGACUGAAAAUAUAACAACAUCGAAUAUAUGUACGGGGAUACACGCUACUGCAUCCACGCAGCACACAUCAAACUGUUGUGCAAUGCAUUAUAAAGAAGUGAAACUUUAACCUGUAAUUCGGAAAAAAAAGAAACAUUAUCUAAUGCGCAGUUUAAGAAACAAAUGUUGCGUUUCCCAGUGCCCAGCUUUAAUUCUUGCGAAAAAGCGAAUAGUGUCAAGCCUAACCAUGUAUGUUUUUAAGUCAAGGCCACAGUGGACACUUGCGCAUAAAUCCAUACAUGGGUAUAGUGAAAGAUUCCAUUUGAUGAUAUUAUCGUCACUUUGACAUCAUAAAAUUAAAAGUUGGAAUCAACUUAAUAUAUCAUAAUCUGUAAAAGAGCACCUUUAAUUAUAAAACUAACACACUUUCAUUCAUGCAAUUCUGAACAUAUUUUUAUUCUCGAACGUGUCAAUCUAAACCAGCGGGAAUUUCUUAAAGCAAUGAGAUAACUCUCAAUUGCGCAUAUUGAAAUUUAAUAAUAAUUUUAAAACGUUAUUAAUCGCAAUCGUCUUGAAUCAAAUGUUUUCAAAUAGAAAUCAAAUCGAUGCAAUUAAAUUUCAAAUAUCUUUGAACAAUGAAAUGUUCCUUUCAAGAUACACAACACGGGCCUAUUGGAUAACUCAUGUAACUCACUAGUUUCCCAAAAUCAUGUGUGCGUGUGUGUUUUGAAAUUAUUUGUCAUGUCUACUAAUGAAACAUAAGCCCUAAUCAUAAAGUGACUAGUUUCCUAAUCAAAACCCCUCAAACAUGUUUUGUGCGAAAGUUGUGAAGUCUUGGAUGUCCGGUUUCAGUUAAUAUAAAUGCUGUAACUACCAGUUACAUUAAGUUACAGACACACAUACGUACAUAUACAAGUCAAGGUCAGAAAUGUCACAUUUUACAGUGUACGUAGGCAUACAGUCAAAUAAAGUGUGGUUUAGUUAGAUAGAGAGUGGUCAUAAAUUACUGGUAUAAGCUAAAUGAAUUAGACUUGCUGGUAUAAAUCAACUUCUUAUUGUAUUCAAUAUAAUAUUUCUUUAAGUAUAUGUUCUCCCAAGAUAUGUAAACUAUGAACUUAAAAUGUAUACGAAGAUACUCAUUUUAAACGUCCUAACCUGCAAACAUUUACAGGAUGCUGUUCAUGUAUAUAUGUGAAAUGAUUUGUCACUGUUCAUUAUCAUUUGAAGUAAACACUGCGAUUCUAUAAA